CUCGCCCUCACAUGCAGACGUACAAGAGCGUUGUGCCCCCUCCUCUUUUCGUACAUAAAUGCAUGAAGCUAAGACCACUCACUUAACAAUCAUCUUUCUCUCUCUCUGGCUUGAGCUCGAGACUGAAAUGAUGACGAUUCUCUUCUCGGCUCGAUCUCUCGUCUCUAUUUUCGUCCUUCUCUGCGCUAUUCACUUUGCUGCUGCCUCCACUCUUCUGCCCGACGACGAAGUGGACGCGUUGAGAGAAAUAGCAGCGACGUUGGGAAAAAACGACUGGGAUUUCACCGCAGAUCCAUGCGGGGAAGAGGGUGGAUGGGGGGGCGACAAAGCGAGUGAUGAAACUUCCAACGCCGUCACCUGCCAAAAUUCCACCGACGUCGACAAUAACACCGUUUCCCAUGUCGUCAGCAUAGUUCUCAAGAAUCAGUCUCUUCCCGGGUCUCUUCCGCCUCGAUUGUUUCGAUUGCCUUCCCUCCUAAACUUUGAUGUCACCCGCAACUAUUUGAAUGGAACUAUUCCUAAAGAAUGGGGAUUUACGAAGUUGGUCAACAUUUCUCUACUCGGAAACCGACUAAUUGGUCCAAUCCCGAAGGAGCUGGGGAACAUAUCCACACUGGAGAAAUUAGUUGUCGAGAUCAAUCAGCUUUCUGGACCUCUUCCUCCAGAGCUGGGGAACUUGCCCCAGCUACGUAUACUGCACCUUACGUCAAAUAAUUUCACUGAGGAGCUGCCUCAAACAUUUGCUAAAUUGAUGACAUUGAAGGAGCUGCGACUCAGUGAUAAUCAGUUCACGGGAAAGAUACCUGAUUUUAUUCAGAACUUGAAAAAUCUCGACCAACUGAUUAUUCAAGCAAGUGGAUUGAAAGGGCCAAUUCCCCCCGGGAUCUCACUUUUGGAGAAAUUGUCUGACUUGAGAAUAACUGACCUCGAUGGACCUGAGUCCCAAGUUCCACAACUUAGCAAUACAAAUAUUAAGAUACUGAUACUGAGGAGCUGCAAUCUCAUGGGAAAGCUACCUGAUUAUCUAGCAAAAAUGACGAACCUACAAAUAUUAGACCUCAGCUUCAACAAACUGAGUGGCAAAAUCCCUAGCUCCUUCAGCAGCCUGGACAAAGUAGCUUAUAUCUAUCUAACUGGAAACCAAUUGACUGGGGUAGUCCCUCCUUGGAUCCUGGAGAAAGCAGAAAAUGUUGAUCUAUCAUACAACAACUUCACUGCUGGAGACCCAGAAUGUCAAGUACGAAAUGUCAACUUGUUCGCAAGCUCAGCGGUUGACAAUGCAACCUCAUAUCCUGCCACAAGUGGACUUGUCUCAUGUUUGAAAAGUCAGCAUUGUCAGGAAGGUCGGAAUAAACUCCUCAUAAAUUGCGGUGGGAAUGAAGUAACAGUAGGGGACAUCACAUACGCCGAUGACUCAAUGCCGCCUACAGCUUCAAACUACAUGGGCAUGAGUGGAGAUAACUGGGCCUACAGUAGCACUGGUCACUUCCUUGAUGACAAUAAAGAUUCAGAUCAAUAUAUAGUUGACAAUAAUUCCGUACUGUCCAUGGAUAAUGCCCAACUUUACACGAAAGCACGGCUUUCUCCUAUCUCUCUAACUUAUUAUGGUUUUUGUCUGAUGAAUGGGACCUACCAUGUAAGCCUUCAUUUUGCAGAGAUAAUGUUCACUGGCAACGAAAGUUAUACAAGCCUUGGAAGGCGAGCUUUUAAUAUUUAUAUACAGGGGAAAUUGGUGUGGGAAGAUUUCAAUAUUGAGAUUGAAGCAGGUGGAGUUGGCAAAGAGGUCAUAAGAAAUUUUACUGCCAAUGUGACCAAGGGCACUCUGGAGAUACGCUUGUAUUGGGCUGGGAAAGGAACCAAUGCUAUACCUACCGAAGGAGUCUAUGGUCCUCUUAUAUCUGCUAUCUCCGUCUAUCCAGGCUUUGAAAUCCCACGAGAGUCGGCCAUAAUAUCUGCUGGCACAGUGGUCGGGAUCGUGGCUGCUACAGUUUUUGUAGUAUUUCUUAUCCUGGUUAUCCUUUGGUGGAGAGGAUGUCUUGGACGUGAAGAUGAAACGGCACAAGAUUUGAAGGUUCUAGCAUUGCAAAUUGGUUCAUUUACCUUGCGACAGAUUAAAGCUGCCACAAACAAUUUCGAUGCAGCCAAUAAGAUUGGAGAAGGAGGUUUUGGUUCUGUAUACAAGGGUCUUCUGUUAGAUGGCACCACUAUAGCAGUGAAGCAGCUUUCGUCCAAGUCAAAGCAAGGAAAUCGUGAGUUUGUAACUGAGCUUGGGAUGAAUUCUGCUCUUCAACAUCCGCAUCUUGUGAAACUCUAUGGAUGCUGCAUUGAAGGAAAUCAACUUUUGCUGGUUUACGAGUACAUGGAAAAUAACAGUCUUGCUCGUGCUAUAUUCGGUCCUGAAGAAUUUCAGUUAAAGUUGGAUUGGCGGACAAGACACAAGAUAUGCGUGGGUAUUGCCAGGGGCUUGGCAUAUCUUCAUGAAGAAUCAAGGCUGAAGAUUGUGCAUAGAGACAUCAAAGCUACUAAUGUUUUAUUGGAUAAGGAUCUCAACCCUAAAAUAUCAGAUUUUGGUUUGGCAAAGCUUGAUGAGGAGGACAACACGCAUAUUAGCACCAAGAUCGCUGGAACUUAUGGAUAUAUGGCUCCGGAGUACGCGAUGCACGGUUACCUCACUGACAAAGCCGACAUCUAUAGUUUUGGCAUCGUUGCCUUAGAAGUUGUUAGUGGUCGGACCAACACCAGUUACCAAAAGAAGGAGAAAUGCUUUUAUCUUCUCGAUUGGGCACGACUUUUGAAGGAGAGAGGAAAUUUGAUGGAUCUAGUUGAUCGGAGGCUGGGUUCUCAUUUUGACCAAGAGGAGGUGUUGGCGAUGAUAAAGGUAGCUCUGCUGUGUACUAAUGCGACUCCGGCACUCAGGCCGCCAAUGUCAUCUGUGGUUAGCAUGCUUGAAGGCAAGGUCGCUGUUCCAGUGCUGGACUCUGAGGGUGCUAUCGCAACAGAGGAGACAAUUGAGGCGAUGAGGAAGCAUUUCAAAGGUGACGAAGAUCAGGAAGUCUCUGAGAACAUCACCAAGAGCAUGUCCACUGAAGGGUCAUGGACUGGAACCGCUUCUUCUACAUCUGCUAAUGAUCUCUAUCCGAUAAAUCUGGAUACUGAUUACUGGCAGAACAGAAAAUAAGAAAUAAUUUGCUAUCUUCUAAGUUAAUUCGUUUUUCAAAGAACUAGGGCUUUAUUUGGUAAUCCAUCGAAAGGAACUCUUAAAUUUCGCUUCGAAUUUCUCUUUUGUUCGCAUUUGAAAUUGAAGGUAUCGAUACUAUAAAGAAAACGACGACUAUUAUGCAGUGCAAUAAUUGUGUAUUGUGAACUAAUUAUUGGGGAAAGCCAAAAGACUGAAGGCUUGUUGUUU